AUGGGCAGGGGCAUGGGCAGGGGCAUGGGCAUGGGCAUGGGCAUGGGCAUGGGCAUGGGCAUGGGCAUGGGCAUGGGCAUGGGCAUGGGCAUGGGCAUGGGCAUGGGCAUGGGCAUGGGCAUGGGCAUGGGCAUGGGCAUGGGCAUGGGCAUGGGCAUGGGCAUGGGCAUGGGCAUGGGCAUGGGCAUGGGCAUGGGCAGGGGUAAAAAAAGCGGGUUUGCCUUCUUUUGGGCUAAAAAAGGCGGGUUAGGCUUGUGUUGGGCUAAAAAUGGCGUGUUAGGCUUAUGUUGGGCUAGAAAAGGCAGGUUAGGCUUGUUUUGGGCUAAAAAAGGCAGGGUAAUAUUUUUUCAGCAAACUAUAAAAAUAAUUUAAUAAGACAAAAAUAUUUUAAAAUUUUUUCCAAGAAUAUUCAAUACGGUGCAAUGGUCAUAAUCAAUCAAUUUUAAAAAUUUAUAAAUUUUUCUAUACACACAACCCCGCAAAAUAUCCUGCCACGAAAACAAAUAAGCGCUAAUUUAUUUGGCAUUCUGUUUCUCUGCCGUUUCAAUUUCCAAACGGACCGAACGUGAAGAAGCAAAAACUCCCAAAAAAAGUUUUAUUUGUCCGACUGCGCCCGACCUGCGCCUUAUUUAAAUUCAAUUUAUACGUGGUAAAGAAAAACGAAAUUUUGUUUUGAUAUUUAAUUAAACAUUUAUUUAUUUAUCUUUUCAGAUUUAGCAUUAACAGUUUUAAUGGUAUUGGCGUUGGUCUUCUUUUUUUUGGACGGUGCGUAUUCAAUGCUGAUGACACAAAACGUGAUCCACAGCAUGCCAAGAAUGCAAGGGAUGUAG